CCUAGAGACAGACUGCGAGCGCACGUAUGUCAAGAAAUGGUGGCUGUCUGCGCAGCCAAGAAGUUCAGAUCAAGGCGGUUUUUAGUUCGGACCUCGCUUAUUUUACUGACCCUUGCCUUAUUCUCAUGCGGUUUCUCUUACUUUUUAAUAUCGAAUGCUGAGAACGAUCCGCUCUUCUACGGCCACUACCGAACCGACCACAGUCAUUACACGGGAUCGCUGGAAAAUGUUUCUGAUCCGAUCAUACUCUGGUGGACACCAUUCACCAAACAAGCUGGUCAUACGAAGACAUGUGGCAACAAAAGAUGCUUCUUUACGGAAGACCGGAUAUUUUUCAACCAUACGAACUUGCAAGCUGUGAUGUUUUAUGGAAGUGAACUUGAAAUAGGGGACCUGCCUUUGCCCAGAAAAACUCAUCAUGACUGGGCUCUGCUUCAUGAAGAAUCGCCAAAGAACAACUUUAUCUUCUGCAUGUCAAAUGUUCUUCGCUGGUUCAACCAUACUUCAACAUUUCGAAGAAACUCUGACCUUCCUCUGACUCUGCAAUAUCUUAACUAUAUUGCUGACCUCACAAGCAAGGAGUUCUUUGUUGAGACCUCCUCUAAGACAAGAGCGCGGGCUAACCAGUCACUGAUUGCCUACGUUCAGUCAGACUGCAACACACCAAUUGAACGAGAUUCAUUCGUCUCCGAACUAAUGAAUUACGUAAGCAUUGACUCUUAUGGAAAGUGCCUCCACAACAAAGACCUUCCAAAAGAGCUGGCGAAUGCAAUGGAUGCUAUGGACAACAAAGCCUUUUGGCACCUUCUUGCAAGCUACAAGUUUCACAUUGCCAUUGAAAACUAUGUCUGCGAGGACUACAUCACUGAGAAACUGUGGAGACCACUCAUUGUUGGGUCAGUGCCUAUCUACUUUGGGUCACCAUCAGUUGUUGAUUGGUUACCAAAUUAUGCUGACAGUGCCAUUCUUAUUGCUAACUACAGUAGCCCUAAAGAACUAGCAGAGGCAAUCAAGAAAAUAGAUGGUAAUGACAUGUUGUAUGAAAGUUUUCUAGGUCACAAAAUGCACAGCAGAGUCAUUAACAAGGCCCUUUUAAGUGCUAUGAAGAACCGUAGGUGGGGUGUGAAUGACCAUAAAAGGCCAAGCUUUGUGGAGGAAUUUGAAUGCCUCAUUUGCUCAAGGGUUUGGAGGAGGCUGAGGAACCCAGGCAUUGAGAAUUUCAUUGCCAAUGCUAGCCACUACAGCUGUGACAUGCCUCAGGCCAUGCUAAAGAGACCAGGCGAAAGUUUCUGGAAGCAGCUGUACAGGCAAGCUAACACUGAGGCAAAGGUACUUGAGGACCUACUUCUGGCAAAUGUAGCCUUUGGUGAGCAGGAUGUACAAAAUAGGAUUCUGAGCUUACUGCAGGCAGGGUCAUCACAUUUAAAAAACUGAUGAUGUUGCAUUCAUUUUUAGCAACCUGGGAAUGUACAUAUUAAGGCAGCUAAUUACAAAUAUUCAGUAAAGACAAUUUAAUUUUGUAUUAUGCAUCAACAUGUAUGUGCAACCUUUCCAAAUUUGUGUACAUGUUGACCUCACUUCAGGUUGCAGCAACAACAUUUACAGGUUUCUAUGGUCCAAAAGUUGUGAGCAUGCACUACUGCAUAGAGAGUUGUUUCUUUUGCAUGUUUCAAGAAACCUGCCUUGCACCAAGUAGCCACUAGUAAAAGUGGCCAGUGCAUUCCGGAGCAUAGAGCAUGCACAUACUGCUCAAAUACAGCUGGAGUUAUGCAUGCUUUUGUCUGACUGAGGCUUAAUUUUGUCUUUCCAAGGCUUCAGGCUAAACAUUACACUUAAUUCCUGUCCUUCAUUUGCAAUCACAUGCACAGGAUAAUGCCAUAAUGUAGCUUUUUAUUUCAUUGGAAUUUUCCUGAGAAUGUUUCAGCCAUCUUUUCACACAAAUGCAUUCCUUUGAUGUUUCUCCAGCAUGGCUUGUUUAAAGACAUUGAAAGCAAACAUUAAAGGGACACUAAAGGCAAAUACUAAAUCGACGUGGACUGUUUAAAUACCAUUCCAGAAACAUUGCAACACUUGUUUCGUGCCAAGAAAAGACUUAGUUUACGAGAAAAUUGUAUCUGAAGGGUCCGAAAACCUUUUUCGAAAUUCAAAUCUCCCGCCACCCAAUCGGGGGGAGUGGUGACGUUGCAUACGCCAUCACCGCCCUUUGCUGCCGUCGGUGAGUAAAACGGCGCCCGACAGACGGCGGCACCGAGCCAAGACAGAGCGGCGGAUUCACCGCUGCAGCUGCUUUUUGGUCAAUUGGCGUAGACUGUUCGGGUAUCCCGUGACAUCAUGGAAGUUGACUUCUCUGCUCUUGCAGUUUGCGCGAGUUUCGCAAGCCAGCAAAACCACUGCAGCACUACGUGAUCAGGAAAGUAUUGAAAUCCGAAAGCGUGGGCCGCACAGAGUUGAGCGAAAACGAAACCUUUCGACCACCCGUGUCGUUGGCAACGGAAAUUUCAAUGAGUUCUUUUUUCUAAACAUGAAAUGGAACUGGAAAAGUAACAUUUUAUUUAAUCUUAUUAUACAAUAUGAGGAUGUUUUUUGCAAUGAGUAGUUGAGUACUAACAACAGAAUUUAACUCAGGAGUGCUUUCGUCAUCGGGCAAGGGCUUGAAUGUCCUGGGGGAGUGUCUAAUCAUGUCCUACAUUUACCUCGAUUUCUCGAUUAUUAAGGCUCUGUUUGCGAUAAUAUUGACGCCUUAGAGAUUCUCGAGCACUAAUCUAUCACUUUAGCAUAACUUAGUGUUCGCCUUUAGUGUCCCUUUAACUCAGGUUAGACCGGUUGUUAAUCCUGGAACUCACUCUUUACUUUGCAGUAGUAGCGUAUUUGUGGCAAACAUGAUUUCUUUAGCAUACAGAUUGAGACAUAAAUGACAUCACUGCCAUGACGCUCCAAAUUUCAAAACUUCAGUUUUACCAAAACUGCUGCAUAUCUACAGGGGCCCAGAACAUAACAAAAGCUACUGACUGCAUUGCAUUUUUCUUUUGAUGGUGCUAAUUGUAAUGCAUCUUAUUCCUGUCCCACAAGACAAAAGUUCUUACCGCACACACCAAGUUAGGUCAUUUCAACCAUUAAAGGUUAAACCUGGCUGCGAUGUGGUGUUGCGGUGCUUCAGUCGGAAUUAGUGCCAAAUGUGAUAUUUUUGGUUGUUCUGCAGCAGACAACAGUGUGAUCUGCUCGGUAAUUUAAGCCAACGUCUCUCAUUUUCUCGUGCAUCUAAUGUGGUGUGGCCACUUCUACACAACUGUUUCAUGGGGUGCAGUGUUUGGACAUAGAAGUGAACUUAGCUAAAAUAUAUAAACCGGUCUUAUUAUUCACUUGUGCAUCAGGCCAAUGGUGUGGCUCAUGGCUGCACUAAAAAAGACAACAAAACAAGCGUAAUCAUACCAACAUUCAAGGGUGGAUUUCUAUAUAUGGUUUUACACGUGCCUUGGCAGCAGUGAGCCUGUGACCCCAAGAAACUUUGUCCCGCGUUUCAUCAGCCUACUAUGGCACAAAAAAAAAUAUUUUCACAUUGGCUGUGUACAAGAUGCCCCUUUCUAUGUUUUUGAAUAAAAUAAAUGCAUAUUAUGCUUUGAGCAUAAUUUUUGAUGUAAUAUAUGGCAGAAUUGAUUUGUAAAUCUGUGAUUAACCGCAGAGGAAGACUUGAAAAUCUGUGGGCUUCUGUUUUGCCGCACCACUGUGGUUUGCCAUUGUCUAUCUUGCCCACUCUAUGUGGGGGAAAACUGGAAGCUUGCCAAUGUCUCUGUUUAUAAACAGCAAAAUGGUCAGUAUGUCAUGCUUACAUAGUCAAACAUGUGAACAAGCCUCUUUAAUGCCUGCUGUGCGGGUACAGGGUGCACUGCACAAAACUCCAGGCAUCAGCUACAGCCAUGGCAGCAGAGCCUUCUCUUUAAAUGCCCAACUGGCAUCUGCAGCAGAGGAAGAUAGCAUAUCUGUAUGGCAUUCCACAGGCAAUAUUUUGGGCUAGUAUUAAAGGUUAUCGGCAUGUCAGCGAUUUUGAGAGUGAUUGGGCAAUGCAGAAUGAAAACAGUGACAACCAAGCUAGGCUUUCGUUGAUUGCUAUCCGUUUCUGUAGUGGUUGCCCUGUCAACCGCUCAGUUUCUAGGCUGCUAGAAAAAGUCACCAGUGAUAUUGGGUGCUUGUCAAAUCUCCAACUUUUUCACAUUCUCCUAUAAUGAUAUGUUUCUGUCAAAGACAUUUCACUAUCUGUAGCUUGGGAGGCUGCUGGUGAGUUAAGUAGCCUCCUAAAAUUUGUAGCCAUUGAUCUGGGGCCGUAUUUUGUGGCAAUCUUUUUAUUCUCCUUUCUUUCAUCAUUCAUCGCGCCAACUUGCCGAUUCUGCCAAUAAACGCAGCAUGUUGUCGUCUGAGCCAAGAUGGCGGGUGAAAGAAUUCAAAGUGUAAUGGAUUCUUAUAAAUUACAGCCCCCUGCUCUCGUGUAUGUGUAUGUCCUGUGUGAAGUAAAUGCACCUGGUCUGCCUUUGGAUGCUUGUGUUCGCCACUCUUCAAAUGUGCUCCUCUGGUUGUGCCAGGGUGCCCUCGCCAGUGCAGCUCCUAACAAUGGCAAUGUUUGUGUUACAACCGGCACCACACAACCGAUAACUUCCAGGCAUACUUUUCUGAUGCUGAAGAAGUCUUAUGCCGAGGUAUGAAGUGGAAAUGAUGCUUGAAAGUAACACAGACUACUGCCAAAGAAGAGCUUACACAACCACAAAUAUGGGAAACUAUUGUUGAUGUGAUUUAGGUGUACUGACAUCACAGUCAAAGUGCAUACAUAUUAUAGAAAAUGCUCUAGAAAGAAUUUAAGAAACAAUAUUGCCAUGGUCUUUCUGUGAAAGUGCAAGCACCAGGUUGCUUAAUAGCAGAACAUUUGCACCACCUGUAGUUCCUUUUAUUUUUUUCUUACAUCUUUCAUAGUUGUGAGUCAUCUUCCUGCAAGGAAUGCUUAUAAGAACUACCUACUUGAAUUUUAUUUUGUCUUGCCAUGCGAUAUUAGCUGUUUUUGUUACCUAUAAUUUGCUAACCUCUACCAUUUACAAGGCUUCAAUAUGUUACAGCGGACUGGCACAGGAAUAAAAAAAAUGUCACUCAGUCUUUCACUGUUACCUUAUUUUGUGACAUAUUCUAUCCCUGUUCUUGGUAAAUUUGCCAUGUCGCUUGAGAAAACUAAUCUGUCAGCAUAACUUAAGUCAUGUUUUUUUCCUUUGUCUUCUUAAAUUUGCUGCUGUUAAAUGUCGUGUCGGAUAGCUGUCUCACGAAUUAAGAAUUGCUGACUUAUUUUGUUGUUUAAAAAAGCUAUUUUAAUAAAGGAAACGUUAUGGCUGUUUACUUUAUUACUUACAUUAACUACUUAAUCUGCUUACAAUUUACAGCUGCUAAACUUGUGUGAAUUCAAGAUGUUUUAUGAAGUUGCUCUACAGGGUGAUCAUUUUUAAAUUUUAUAAAAUUUUUAGAAAUAGCUUGCUGUAGAUUACAUAAUUCUAGUCCUUGAGUUUGGAUUAUUCAGAGAGGCGGACAUUACUUGCACGAGAAAUUGAAACACAUAUUGACCUAAUCAAUGAAAAUCACUAAUCACCUACUUAAUUAAUUACUUUACGGUACAUAUUGCAAUUUACAAAUUUUAAUCGGUGAGCAUGCAAGGCAUAUCCUCACGGAAUAAAUUUCCAGAAUGACACCAAUUUGGAGAUAUGCGCCAUUGGACUCGCUGUAAAAAAUGCACUCUUGUUCCACUUACUUUUUUAACAGCACAUUCUUUCAUGCAUUGAAGCUCAAAACUAACUGGAAUGCCCUUGUAUUUCAUCCCAUACUUUGGGAAAUAAUAUCUCGAAACUGGUGCAAUCCUGGAAAUUCAUUUCAAGUGGAUACGUAUUACAAACUCACCAGCUACAAUGCGUAAAUUGCAAUAUGUGCCGUAAAGUAAUUUGUAAAGAAGUUAAUUAGUAAAUUUAUGUUAAUUAAUUGAAUAUGUAUUUUGUUUUUUUGCGCUAGUAAUGCCCGCCUCUGAAUAAUACUGCUCAAGGACAAAAAUUUUGCUAUCUGCCGCAGGCGAAUUUUAAGAAUUUCAUAAAACUUAAAAAUGAUCACCCUGUAUAUUACUGAGAAGGCUGUUUUCAUCUUUUCAUUGUUAACUAGCCAUAAUUCUAUGUCUGCAGUGAAUAGACAAGUACAGUUGGCGUCACUCUUGCGUACAGCGCGGGAACAGCGGCCUCUGGGGCACUCAGGAGACAGCCAGCGACAUCUAACACUAGCUGCCGGGCCCGACGUCUAACGGUAGCUGCUAGGCACGUUUGCACCCAGCAGCUACCAUUAGACAUCGCUGGCUGACUCCUGAGCACCCCCCGAAGGCUGCCGUUCCCAUGCUCUACACAAGGAUGACGCCGACUGUACAUUGCAGCGGCAAGCUUGAGUGUUUUGGUUCCUGUCACUCAAAUAGCAGCUGUCAGCAUGCAAGUGCAAAGCAUUGUGACAGUUUGUUCUCAGCUGCACUGUUACGUACUACUUUUAGUCUUCCAUGAACACGUGUGAUGUUGCUGUUUUAUUAGUCCUAAAAAUAAAUUAUUUGCCGUUUCUUGGUA